CGUGGAUGGUGCAAGUAAGACUUCUAGUUCAUUGAAUUGGUCUAAGCCUAUGGAUGAUGCUCUUAUUGAUGCUGAUCUGAAUCAAGAUACUCUAGGAAAAAGAGUAGGUGGAACAUUCACUACGCAUGCAUAUGACAAUAUCAUUAAGGAAUUGAAGGAACUAUUUCCUCAUAAACCAAUUGAUAAGGAUAAGAUUCAAAACCGGAUGAAAAAUAUGAAACGAAUUUGGUAUCCAUGCUAUGACUUGUUUAAAAAUGGUGCUAGUGGCUUUGGUUGGGAUCCCGCUAGAGAAAUGUUCACUGCUGAACCUGAAGUUUGGCAACGGUUAAUUGAGGUCAAGCCAGAAGCCGCGCCAAGUGGAAAAAUAAGCAAAUGCGUAACUUUAACAAGUUAUGUCAACUAUUUGGGAAAGAUAGAGCUGAUGGCCAGCAUGCGAAAACUGCGGCAGAAAUGAGGAAGAUGAGAUCCACUGCCAAUGAGGAGAGUGACAUUUAUACAUCAUUGGAUAAUAUUGAAGGCGUUGAGUCAAUCUUUGGAGAUAAUGAGAAUUUGGAAAAUAUCGAUGCAUCCCAACAAACAAGUCAGAGAAGUACACCUCAAAGAAUCUUAAAUCAAAAUCUUGAGGAUGUCGUACGAUCUCACUCAAUCUCUCAUGGGGAAGCAUCUUCAAAGAAAAUGGGAAAAAAGAAGGUUAAAGUUGAUGAAGAAGUUGUGCUUCUGAAAUAAGGACUUGAUAAUGUUGCUCAGGCUAUCUCAUCUUCAACAUCAGAAAUUGUUAAAGCUACCACGCUUCCAAUUCCAGAAAAUGAAGUUUGGAAUUUAUUGGUUGAGUUAAAUGUUGCUGUUGAAGCUCGUAACACAAG